GUAUCACCAUCAGUACCACAACCGCACGCCAAGCCCCGGUGCUCAGACCGACCUACCGACCUACACACAGAAAAUCCGCCACAGUCAUUCCCUGACAGCCAUGAAACAGACUCUGCUCGAGCUGAUGAGGAUGAGCAGAAUAUGCCGGAUGGUACUCGCCACUUGUUUGGGAUCUUUUAUUCUGGUCAUCUUUUAUUUCCAAAGUAUGUUCCAACCAGUCAUGCGGAGGAACCAGUUUGCGGCGGACGUGUGCUGUAGGAAAGGCUCCCGCAACGCACUGCAGGAACUCUACAACCCCACACAGUCGGAGUUCUCCAGUGCCGCCAUCCUCCACCAGGGGAGGAGAGACCAGGUAGCAGAGUCAUGUCGGGCCCAGAGUGCAUCCAGCCGCAAGCGCCGGGUCCUGACCCCUGGUGACCUCAAACACCUGGUGGUGGAUGAGGAGCAUGAGCUCAUCUACUGCUAUGUCCCCAAGGUGGCCUGUACCAACUGGAAACGUGUCAUGAUGGUCCUCACGGGACACGGCAAGUACAGUGACCCUAUGGAGAUCCCUUCCAACGAGGCCCACGUCCCGUCCAACCUGAAAUAUCUGAACCAGUACAGCAUCGCUGAGAUCAACCACCGCCUCAAGAGCUACCUCAAGUUCCUGUUUGUCCGGGAGCCCUUCGAGAGGCUCGUCUCUGCUUACCGCAACAAGUUCACCCUCAAGUACAACUCCUCCUUCCACCGCCGCUUCGGCACCAAGAUCGUCCGCCGCUACCGCAAGAACGCCACGCAGGAGGCGCUGCUCAACGGCGCCGACGUCAAGUUCCGGGAGUUCGCCGAGUAUCUUGUCGACCCGGCCACGCAACGCGACGGCCCGCUCAACGAGCACUGGCAGACGGUGUACCAGCUGUGCCACCCCUGUCACAUCCACUAUGACCUGGUGGGCAAGUACGAAACCCUGGAGGAAGACGCCAAGUACGUUCUGCGGCUGGCGGGGGUGGGCGAGUCGGUGCGCUUCCCGACCUACGCCAAGUCCACCCGCACCACAGACAGCAUGACGGCCCAGUUCUUCAGCAACAUCAGCUCCCAGCAGCACAGCCAGCUCUUCCAGCUGUAUAAACUGGACUUCCUCAUGUUCAACUACUCCACGCCAAGCUAUCUGCGACUGGACUAACAAGUAGAGGACCAGGACUUGACUAGCCAGUUGGGACUCUGGGCACGAUCCACUUUCAAUAAGAGAAGAAAAAAAUAACUGAGAGAGAGGAGAAUGGAUAUUUUUGCGAAAGCUUUAUUCAAAAACUGUCGUCACUGUUUCUGGGGGUGAAUAGGAAGGGCUGAGGUGAAUGGGAGGGACAGAGAUUGAGGAAAGGUGCUGGAUCCGAUUGGAUGUGAAAGAGUCUUUGUUAUCCAAUCAGCAUUGUCCCGAAGGUGAUAAAGGAGGAAGGGGAGAUCCUAUAGCAUCAGAAUGCAGGGUUCAGGCGGAGCUGAUGUCAGAGGAUUUCUAAGAGGGGAAAUAGAGGAGAGAAGCAGGGCUCCUGGAGAGGGGUCAAUGUGUGUUCUGUGUGUAAAUGAGUUGGGACUCUUGACUAAUUAGGCUGCUUUGGAUUUUGCACAGCAAAUGGUGACCUCGCAUGCACGCGCCCUGGCCCCAAAGCAUCAUGGGAGCUGAGCUUAUUUUAUAACGAACAAUAACAAAACUCCGUCAAAUUGUAAAACACAUCCAUGUCCUUCAGUGUGCUGUAUCCUGGGUGUGUUUGAUACGCCCACCAAUUAUACAUUUGAUAAGUAUACUGGCUCUUGGCUCCACCUCAAGCCCUCCUCAUUAUAGCUGGCUAUUGACUUUGCUUUAAAGACCUCUAGAACCAUCAGGUGUAAAUAGUGGAGCUACAAUUUACAGCCAACUGCUCUAAAGUAGACAAGAUCACUAUCGUCAUAGGUGAAAAGAACUCCUGAGGUUUGCCAGGUGAGGCAUCAGACUCCCACAGCAGGAUCUGAAACGGCGGCCUUUUUAGAUAGAUGCUGAGCACCCUCAAGGCUUUAAGCCACAGGAAGUGGUCAGAAGGAGAAAGGAAGUGCCGUUGUGAAUGGGUUUACCGGAUGUGAUUGACAGGUGUUAGGGGCCUCCCACUGACCCAGAGAGGAACUGAAGGAACUGAAGAAGAGAUGGCUCGUGUGGCUGUGAAAGGGUUUAAGGGACAGGAUCUCAUAACCCCGCCCACGCCAUGCCCUUAAAACAGGGAGGGCCAUAACCCCGCCCACGGGCAAUAAAUCCCCCCCUCCGCUUCGACGACCAAUCAUGUAUUUUAGUAAAUUAAGUCUUUUUUUUAAUGUCUUCGUUUUAUUGUCUUAUGAAAACAUUGCUGCGAGCAGCAAUAAAAAAAUAUUAUUUAAACUGCUUUUACUGCCGGGGGGGUGGGGGGGGGGGAUUUUAAUAUUUUGUUUUCUUGGCAGAUGAACGUUUCAGUAGAUUUUGAAAGAUAACAUUGUUUUUAUGAGUUUUGUUUCUCAUGUUUUUUUUUGUCCUGAGUUGCCUCCGGUACACUGUUAAUGAUAACAUUUGAAUUUUCUUCCUUUUUACCAAGGGUGUACAAUGUAGUGUAGUCUGUGGCUUUGGUUUCUCUGUGCGUGAGAGCUGGGACUUCCCAUGGGAUUUAGAGUUAUUCCCUCUCUCCCCCUUAGUCAACUGAGUCUGGUGCCAAAGGGUUGGAACACUGCCAAUGGCAGAAAGGGUCGACUCAACUCUUAUCAGUACUUUUCGCUACAUCCAAUAAUUUACAAAACUGAAAACAUAAACUGCAGCAUGAGAAAAGUAUUCCACAUCCAUAUCUACAUCGCAGGCUACUGCUCAGAAUCAGAAACAACAGCAGUGGUUGCCUUGAUAAUGAUCCAUAAUGGAACCGUCUACCUUUGAGUCUGGCGGUGAAAGUCAGGUCUGUGUGUCGCCCUCAGGUGAAUGUGCAGUGUCUAAUCAUUACUCUGUGUCGUCUAUGGGAUCGCAGAGAGUCGUAUACACAGUGCAGGAGUGGGCAACGGGGGGAGAGAGAAGACAACAUAAUUAGCCAAGCUGGGAGGGAGGGAGUUCUCUUUAUUCUUUACACCCCUUCGUCAUUCUUCCUCCACUCAGACUUCAAAGAGAGAGGGACGUUUAUUGGGAAAGUUGUGUAUUUUUAUAUUGCUAGGAAGUAACAGCUGCACAGAAAUGAUUCACUUCUAUAUUCAUCCCUCUGACUGUUUAGUUUAGACAGGCGGGGUGACUAAUGACAAGCUCACCUCAUUCUGUCAUAGCUUCUAAAAUAUUGGUGUCAGUUGUGUAUGCUUGCAUGUGUGUGUCGUUAUAAUUAGCAACUGGUUUGGAGGAACAAGGUCCUCCACAUCUGGCUCUGAUAAAGAGGAAGGCUGCUGGUUUGGAGGAACAAGGCCCUUCACAUCUGGCUCUGAUAAAGAGGAAGGCUACUGGUUUGGCCUACAUCUCCAACUCCAUCCACUUACAGAAACAAUGGGAGCAUUCUGAGCUCUCCCUCCUCUCUCUCUCACACACACACACACACACACACACACACACACACACACACACACACACACACACACACACACACACACACACACACACACACACACACACACACACACACACACACACACACACACACACACACAUUGAUGCCACGCAGCCCCUUACUCAGCAGCUGUACUCUAGUGGGGGUUGGUAAGUGAGGUACGGAGGGAGAGGGGGGUUUGGUUGGGUAUGGACACAUUUAAAACACCACACACUCAGCUUAUCUCUAACUGCCUAUUUAUCCUCCAAAAUGAGACACUUUACCCAAAGGCUUUAUGGAGUCCUCUCCUGUGCUCUCCUCUUGACUCCAACCUCUCCCAAAACAGCCCCAUAUAAAAACAGAAGUGGGUUUUUGGACAGUGGCAGUGAUCUCUACCCUCGCAACAGGAAAAGGACUGGCUUCUUAUACAAACAGAGCUGUUAAAAUCCCACAGAGGCCCAGCCUAACGACCCCUGUGGAAAUACUGACCUGAUUCAAAAACAUGUUUUAUUCUCCAUUCUUAUUCCAUCUCCUAGCUCACUCUACCUAUAAAUCCACCUGAAUCCAAUUCUGACAUGUCCAUUUAGUGUUCUUGUGCUGUAUAAGUAUUUAUUGACAAGUGUACGGGUAUAUUUAUGUUGUUGGAGAACGACGUCUAUUGUUGGACUGAAUUACAUAUUUACUGGGUUGCUAAAUGCAGAAGCACAGGAAGUGCACGCUCCUCUGCACAUACGUAAACAUAUCCACUCUGGGGCCGGGGGUUUCUAGCCGGAGAUAAGCAUGGAUGGGGCAGUAUUCUGUCAGUGGUUUUAUUGUGAAUAGUUUAUCUUUCUGUCUGAGAUAUUCUUAUUCAAUCAGUAUCUGUGCAACAGUAAAAGCAUCCCCAUAAUGCCCAUGGACCGUCCUUUGUGUUACACAUAAAAGGGUCCCCAUGAUGUUUCCUGCUGUCACAAAUUAGCCCUUUGGUACCAACUUUCAGACCAUGAGGCUUUUCAGAAAUGUUCAAAAUAUUGCCAACUGUUCAAAUCUCUGGAAGGUGGUUAGAGAAGAUCUCCCACUCAACUGCACAGGAACCAAAGCCUGGAAUGGUAAUAGAGCUCUUUUAUUUUCCUUUUCCCUGUCUUAAUUAUGUCUUUCUAUGUUGUUCUGUUCUAUUCCUCUGUCAGCAACACUCCACAGCAGCUUCCACACUUUUCAUUGACCUCAUAGAAAUAUAACAUAUAGAUAGAACACAGUUUAUGUCCAAUCCAUUCUAUGAUUGCCUCCUGCAUAGGCUACAGUACAUGACCACAGGGCACUUCAGUCACCACAGACAGUACCUUUUAUAGGGUCACCACAGACAGUACCUUAUAGGGUCACCACAGGCAGAGUCAAUGGGUGCUGAAAUGAUCUGUGCCUUUUCAUUCCUCUCAUUGGAGCACAUUACUGUCAUCUGAUUGGUCAGUCCACACACACACUCUUCAAUUGUCAGAUUCAAGUUGAAAAACAGCAUCCCACACACUAACACAGUCAUAUCACCUGUAGAGAGACUCAUGUGACCACAUCAAAAGGCUAUGCAAAUAGAGGGUUUUUGAAACGCUUGCUCUGCUCAGAUCUUCCCUCUUCUCCAAAGCCUUCUUCUCCUAAGCCAGAUACUGGAUGGUUUUCUGUGGCUCUGUGUUGCUCAGAGGUUGUACGUACCCCCUUCAAAACCACACCU